UAUACUAUUAAGCCUCUCUCUCAUCAGCUAGUGAUCAUAUGUUAAUUCACUAUCAGUUGUGGCCAUUAGACGCCCUCUUGGGCCUAUAUAUAUACCCAUGCUAUCUCCUCCACAUUUCGUCAUGAGCACUACACAUUACUGCUACCACCACCUUAUUAUAACACGAUCACCGAUCGACCCAAAGGUAGCUAAGUGAUCGAUCACCACUCGAGGUCGAGGAGGAAAAAAGAAAAAGGAAGGUGCUUUGGUGAAGAAGUGGCCGGUGAGGGAGCGAGCUGAGCAUGGGUACCAUCGGGUUCCCGGUGACGAGGACGAGCAGGUCGCUGGUGGCGCCGUCGUCGGCGACGCCGCGGGAGACGCUGCGCCUGUCGGUGAUCGACCGCGUGGCGGGGCUGCGGCACCUGGUGCGGUCGCUGCACGUGUUCGACGGCCGCCUCGGAGGGGGCGGCGGCGAGGCGGCGGUGAGGACGCCGGCGGAGACGCUGCGGGAGGCGCUGGGGAAGGCGCUGGUGGACUACUACCCGUUCGCGGGGCGGUUCGUGGAGGAGGACGGGGAGGUGCGGGUGGCGUGCACGGCGGAGGGCGCGUGGUUCGUGGAGGCGGCGGCGGCGUGCACCCUGGAGGAGGUGAAGCACCUGGACCACCCCAUGGUCAUCCCCAAGGAGGACCUGCUGCCGGAGCCGGCGCCGGACGUGAACCCCCUCGACAUGCCGCUCAUGAUGCAGGUGACGGAGUUCGCGUGCGGCGGCUUCGUGGUGGGGCUCAUCUCCGUGCACACCAUCGCCGACGGCCUGGGCGCCGGGCAGUUCAUCAACGCGGUGGCGGACUACGCGCGCGGCCUCCCCAGGCCCCGCGUGUCCCCCGUGUGGGCGCGCGACAUCAUCCCGGCGCCGUCCAAGAUCAUCUCGCCGCCGCCGCGCUUCGAGCUCCUGGACCUCCGCUACUUCACCGUGGACCUCAGCCCGGAGCACAUCGCCAAGGUCAAGUCCAGCUUCUUCGAGGCCACCGGGCAGCGCUGCUCGGCGUUCGACGUGUGCGUCGCCAAGACCUGGCAGUCCCGCGUCCGCGCGCUCCGGCUGGACGGCGACGACCCGGCGCGCCCCGUCCACGUCUGCUUCUUCGCCAACACGCGGCACCUCCUGCCGCCGGCGCCCGGGUUCUACGGCAACUGCUUCUACACGGUGAGGGCGACGCGGCCCUGCGGCGAGGUGGCGGCCGCCAGCGCUGUGGAGGUGGUGCUCGCCAUCCGGGACGCCAAGGCGCGGCUGGCCGCGGACUUCGCGCGGUGGGCGGGCGGCGGGUUCGAGCGCGACCCCUACGAGCUCACCUUCACCUACGACUCGCUCUUCGUCUCGGACUGGACGCGCCUGGGAUUCCUGGAGGCGGACUACGGGUGGGGCGCGCCGGCGCACGUCGUGCCCUUCUCCUACCACCCCUUCAUGGCCGUCGCCGUCAUCGGCGCGCCGCCGGCGCCCAAGACCGGCGCGCGCGUCAUGACCAUGUGCGUCACGGAGAAGCACCUGCCGGAGUUCCAGGAGCAGAUGAACGCCUUCGCCGCCGGGAACCAGCAGUAGUGAGACAGCGCCCGUCGCCAUUAUCGUCGUCGGCACAUCGAUCCUCUCUCAAAGCGUACGUCUGCGUGCAUGGUGCAUGCAACUACUGCAAGUUUGAAAUCUGCCAGUAAUCUCGAUCGAUCGUCUAACUUGCUAUGCCACAAGAACUGCUGAGUGUAUUUGCUUGCGUGUAAUUUGGAUUUCAAAUUCGGCACAACUAGCGUUGUAAACUUGUAAUCCGUACUCGUACACGUCCGUGCAUGUAUUACUGCCCGGCUGCCCAAAAAUGGCGGGCUAGCUCGCUUUUACGUGUGAGUCUGCAUGUAAUUAAUUCGCGGAUGAAAAUGAAAUAAAAGACCGAUGCAUGAUUUGUACUAGCUA